AAUAUUUUUAUGAAUUUUGAUAGCAGUAAUUUUUACAUAUAAAUCUUUCAGACAAAUAAAAAGAGGGUAGUAAAGUUGUGAGCGUAUAUUUCAAACUACCCUGCAAAUAAGACAUGAUGGAGCAAAGUACAAGCGCGAAUACCAGUCGUGUGGACUUGGAUAGUUCAGAAAAUUCUCAAGCAGAGACUGAAAUGGAAUCAGUUACCUCCAAAGAAAUAUGCACUGAUACUAUUGACAUAGUAUCAGAUAAUGUUACAAUAUCUGCCACUCCUGAAAGUCCAGGAACUUUUGAUUUGGGUUCUACUUUAAGUGAGAACUUAGUUACAACUGCUGUAAAUACAUCAAUACCACUCGUUAUAGUCAGCAGGCCACCGUCGUUAGUCAUUCAAUCUCGGAAAUCUCUCCAGCCAUUCAUAAAUUCGGACUUGCCAUCACCAGCCUCUGUGAUAGCUGGACAGCCACAGUCACUGUUUUUACAAGCGCUAUCCAAAUUAAAUGAGAGUUCUCUCAGCAUGGCAGUUAUGAACCACUUCAAGACGACCCAGCCGAAUACUUCAGGGCAGACUAUGGGCCAGACUUAUUGGAGGAAGUCAGCUGAAAUAUCGCCUCCUGAUUCAUUAGCCAGCGCGCCACCAUCUUACUCGUUCGUAUUACGCCAGAUGGCUGUGCGUAGAAGACCCAGAAUCGUGGGCACUUUCAUACCUUCACCGUCAUUUGUUCAGCACACUCCUCCGCCUAAUUACGCGGCUGCUUUUGAUAUUUACGUUGAUAAUCCUAUUCCUCCGCCUCCUACGAGGGUUUACAAUUUUGGGUUCACGUCCAUGCCUGUUGUGUGCCCGGAUUGUGGCUACACUGGAAUGACUGUAGUCACCAGUAAGAUCACGAUAUGUACCCACUUGUGUGCUGUUAUCUUGUGCAUUAUGUGCUGCUGGGUAUGCGCACCACUGCCGUAUGUUCUCAGAUCUUGCAAGGAUGUUUAUCAUUACUGUCGAAACUGCAGGAACUUCUUGGGUAUGUACUGCCCGACAAAUCCAGAACAAUCAAUGUCACCACCAUGAUGUUCAUGAUGUUACAAAGUAUUUUAUUCAUAGUCAAUAGUUCUUACUAUUAUAUUGUUUUAAUAUUAUAGAUUUAAUUUGAAUGGUAUAUUUAUUGUUUCAUAAGAUAGGUGA